GAAAAGGAAAAAAAAGAUUAUUUCUUCAUCUGAUUUUUUUUUAAAAAAAAAUCUUGAAUAUUCUUAACACACAUAUAUAUCUAUGAGUAGUUAUAUUUUGUAAUUUUAAUGAUCUAAUUUAAAUAUAUUUAAAUAUUAAAAAUAUGUUGAUGAAAAGCUUAUAAAUGAAACAAUCUAAUUUUUUUUUUUUGUGAAAAUUAUCAAAGUAUUUAAUACAAUCCUAAAAGGGGAUCAAAUCAAAAAGAAAACAUGCAGGUUAGUCAAGAUUUUUAGUCAAAUUCUUACUCUGAUCUGGUAUAGCCAAUCUUGACUUUGCCUUUGUAUGUGCUGAUGUACUGAUGUUCAUGGGUUGCUGAAAAUAUAUUACGAUAAUUGUGAUAUUAAAACUAUAAUAAUGUUUUUCUGUCGAAAUAAUAAUUGACUGAUUAAUGUCCUGAAAAAAUGAUCCCAUAUAUUCAUGCAGUGGUUUUAAAUAGGAAAGAAAAAUGAUAAAAUGGAUAUGUUAUAUCUCAGUUUAGUUUUUUGCAUCGUUAUACACGUAAUUAGCGUCAUCGCAAAGGUACAACCCGUACAAACGGUAACAAAUUUACAUUUUGCGAAAAUAAUUUGGCGAAUGAAUAUGAGUCAAAAAUAUAAGGGAAAUGAAUAGAGGACGUUGAAACUCUCCCUGAAACAUCGUAUUCGUAUGUAACUUAUCCUUGACUUCUUGGGCCAUCGUGGAAUUUAUAAUCUCUGUUACAAAGGUGUCUAUGGUUAUCGAGUUAUGAAUUGGUAAACUCAAGAUGCGUUGUGCAUAUAAUCAUCAAAAGUGACCUCAUAAUAGUUUGGAUUAUUUCGAUCCAGUACAAUUAUAUAGUAAUUUACCUUCAUUAUAAGGCCAGUUUUCAAAAAUAAUAAUUUAACCUCAUUAUGCUAUGUUUCAUAUACUAUUUUUUCUUGUUCCAAAACAGUAAAUAUAUAAAAAAAAUCAUUGAGACACAUAAUUAGUUAAUUUUUAUAAUUAAUAAGUUAAUAUUUUCUAGAAGCAUAAUUAUCAAAGAAAAUUUUAAUUUGUUUUGGCAAAAUAGUGUAUGGAAACGUGCAAAUUCUAAACACGUGCAAAUACUUUCUAAGAUUUCUAUAAUUUUUUUCUAAGGCUGCAUUCGUGAUGUUAUAUGGUUUCAUCAAAGAAGGUGUGCUUUGACCCGACUAAAAAAUAUGAUUUCUGGUAAAGUUAAUAUUUUUAGAUAGUAAUAGUGAUAUGAAAAUUAAAUGUUUGGUCCGUGAAGGCUGCUGGAGUGCUGGACUGCUGCGUUAUGUUAACGGUCAAUAUGUCUCAACGAUGAAAGAGUUUGUAUUUUUGCAAAACUGGAAGCCAUGUGAUUACGAUUGGUAUUUGAUAUAGAUUGUCCUUUCAUGCAUAUUUUGUAAAUAUGCUAUAUACAUAUACUAUACAUACUUAAUUCUAUUCACCCAACAAAACUUUUUCGUUUAAGGAUUUAAUACUAUGUUUCAAUACUAAUCAAGACUUUUGUCUGGACCGAUUAAGUUAUAUGCACACUUUUCUGUUGUUUUCGUUAGAUUGUUUCUUGACUAGUGUAGCUGUUAAACUCUUAUAGAAAAUUUGUAUUAGUCAUUUCAUUUAUAAAUAACAGCAGUAUAAAAAUUUGAAGUCCAUAUAGUCAGAAAACCCUCAAUCGUAAGCAUUUCUAGAACUAGAUAAAAAUCACUAAACAUCGUUCGACCAAUAAAAUAAUUAGGAAAUUCAACUACUACGACAAAUGACAUAUAUCGGACGAGAAUUCAUCAUGGCAUAAUAUUUUUUUUUUUAAACUAGUUCGUUAUUUAUAUUUCAUGUAGGACCGGAUAGGAUAAUAAAAUUGUUUUUGAAUAAUUGACUCACUCCAGUGCCCGCCCCACAAAGAUAGAUUUGUCAUAUGAUUAUGGUUCACAUAUCUCUCUAUAUAUUUACAAACAAGUAGGCAUAUAAAAUCACAAACAUCUGGAGAGCCACAACUUAAUUGAUCAUCAUCGUCAUCAACACUAAUAACUCUCAGAUUUUGUUUUUGUUUUCCCUUAAGUUGAUCAAUUUAAUAAUGUCUGAAAGAGGAAAGACGAAGUCGGAGCCAAUGAAAGUUGUGUUCAUUAACACACAGUACGUUGAGACCGAUGCUCGUAGCUUCAAAAAUGUUGUUCAAGAACUCACAGGUAAAGAUGCCAUAGUCGCCGCCGGUCCUUUCGAGUCUCCAUCCACUUCCGACGACCGUUGUUACGGUGGAGGUAACAGAGUCGGUGAAGAUUCGAGACGACCCUACGACGGCGGAGGAGCGGAGACGACGACGGAGUUUAAUAGGUUUUUCAAGGAGAUGCCUCCCAUGGAGGAAUUGUAUAAGCUAUGGUCUGAAAGUUGAGUCAUUAAACUGAAUUCUAUGUUAAUAGUUUAAUCUUCUUCUUUUUCUUCUCAAAUUCAAAUAUAUGCUUCAUCCAAAAUAAUGGUAAUCAUCUCCUUAAGUGGAUCGUCACGCUUGAGAUUAGGUCCAGUUGCGAAGAUUUUAUUUUGGAAAGGAUAGUAUGAAUUGAUCAACUAUAAUACGGCUCAUUUUUAAAAAUUUUGAACGGGGUUACAGGCUUACAGCUUAGGCUUGUUGUUUAAUAGCCCAUUAAGCCCAAAAGAGUUGCGUUUGUUGAUGUGCUAAAAUGGAAUUUCUAAAAUUUGAGUUUAAAACUCAUACAGACGAUUAUAUUUAAUGGAUACUUUUCAUGUGUAGAGAAACCAAUAAAACAAUUUUAAAGAUCAUGGUACCAUAAUAUUCUUUGAACAAGCUUUUACAAUUUUUAAAUUCCAACAUGUUAUAGUUCACAACAACCAAAUAAUGUGAACUAAUCUUUUUGUGUUUAUAUAUGAAAAGAGGGUCGUGUAAAUGCGUAAAUGGUUGAGGCAAAUAGCAACAAAACCCAUUGUUGACCCCCUCUUACCAACCUUAACCGGUUUUGCGUUUGUUGAACCAUUUAUUUUAUAUCAUCCCAAACACACACGAUUUUAUCCGUCUCAUAUUGUUGUUAAUCAUAGGGGUUGAUUCAACGAUUAUUAGAAAAUUUAUACGUCAAAAAAACUAUAAUCUCUAAAAAACUUAUUAGAAACUAAUAUAAUCCCCUAAGCAGUUUUGUCAUGGAGUACAUUUUAUAAAAAAAAUAUCAAUCAAACGUAACACCAACGCCGACCAAGCUAAUUUUAAAACAUCACCAAACUUUGAACAAUAAUUCGAUUUAAAAAAAAAGUAAAUCCUCGUACAAAUAAUACCGUCAAAGAUAAUACUAACUUUAUUUUUCCAUAUCGAUUAUUUAAUUUGAAAUUAAAUUAGAAAUAUUAGAUUUUAAUUACGAUAACGCGACAAACAAACGUACAAUUAAGAAACGGAUAAAACGGACAAAGAUUAUUCAGACCGAACUCGGGUGCUUAAGACAAAACCGUCUUCUCAAGAUUCGUAUAUUCUAAUCUUUCCCCGGUCAACAAACCAAAAAACUAGAGAUGUCAAAUGGGCGGGCUAUAAAUGGGUGGCCCGUGUCCAAAUCGAUAUGGUCCAAAAUGGACAGACCCAGAUUAAACCAUAAUUAAAAUUUGUCCAGAUGGGUGAACCCAAUUAUAUCAAUGGACAACAUUGGGCUUAACCACUUGGACAAUGGGCGGCCCAAUAAACUUAAAUGUCUAGGGUUUGGAAAAUUGGGG